ACAUCUCUAUUGGAUGUUUGAAAGAUUAGUGUUAUCAUAACCACACAUGAUAACACAGGUGGAUGAUUUAACCCGUUGGCUUGUGAAGUUCUAUUAUUGAUGAGAACUAAAAUUUACUGGCUAUAAGACAGAAUGAAUCAGAUGAUGGGCUGUCCAAACAAUAGAAUGAAAGUGAUCAUGUUGGGGGACUAUGGCGUAGGGAAGACAUGUUUAAUGAAUCGCUAUUUGUUUGACCAAUUUGACCUCUAUUAUCGAAAAUUCUACGUAGAAUUCGGAAAUAGGACAGUUGACGUCUUCGGGGUAAAGGUGACACUUCAGAUUUGGGAUACGGUUGGCCAAGAGCGCUUAGGCUGGGAGCUCUUCACCGCGAUAACAAAGAGUAAUUAUAGAGACGUAGCUGGUAUUGUUAUGGCUUUUGACCUGACCAGCAAGUUCAGCUUCGACAACAUCCAAUAUUGGUUGCAACAGGUCCACGAACAUGCUGGAGAAAAUGUUGACAUUGUACUGGUCGGCACCAAGCUGGACCUGGCCGAGAGCCGAGCCAUAGACCACGAGACGGCCUCCUCCCUGGCCCAGACCAUUGGGGCCAUGUAUGUCGAGUGUAGCGUUAAAACAGGGGCCAACGUCAACCUGGUGUUCACAUCGCUGGCCAGCAAGUUGGCCAAUCGCGUGCCUGUCCAACAGGAGGAGCCGGUACGUUUAGAAUCAGAGACAUUUUACCAGGUUCCUUGUUAUGGGAAAGAUACAUGUUUGUGGCUGACUUAUCACGAGAGCUUGGUGAAAUUAUUUGCUCUCUAUUGCUGGAUACGAACUAGCGUCUACACACUAAAAGACAGAAUGACUGAGAAGAGACGCUAUUCCAGCAACUCUAUGAAAGUGAUUGUUGUGGGUGACUCGGGUGUUGGGAAGACAACUUUACUGUUAAACUACACCCAUGACAGAGUUGCUUUUGACAGUACUUUUAAAACAACCCUUGUGGUGGAUUUUAGCUCAAAGAUAGUGGAGGUCUCAGGGGUAAAGGUCAAGCUACAACUAUGGGAUACGCACGGCCAAGAACGCUUCCAAGCUAUGGGAACGCAUUAUUACAGAAGCGCUGUCGGUAUUGUUAUGGUUUUUGACCUGACCAGAAAGUCCAGCUUCGACAACAUUCAAAGUUGGUUGAACCAGGUUCACGAACAUGCUGGAGAAGAUGUUGACAUUAUACUGGUCGGCAACAAGGUUGACCUGGCCGAGAGCCGAGUCAUAGACCACGAGACGGCCUCCUCCCUGGCCCAGACUAUCGGGGCCAUGUAUGUUGAGUGUAGCGCUAAAACAGGGGCCAACGUCGACCUGGUGUUCACAUCGCUGGCCAGCAAGUUGGCAAAUCGCGUGCCUGUCCAGCAGGAAGAGCUGGUACUGGUACGCUUAGAAUCAGAACAAUCUUACCAGGUUCCUUGUUAUGGGAAAGAUACAUGUUCGUCAAUCUAAGCCUCAAAGAUAGCGCAGAUAAAACAGAAGGCAUUAAAGUCGUAAUUUGAAGGAAAAUUAUACAUUUAUUAUUGAGUGACUGGAGUGUGCAUCUAUCUCUUUGGUUUUAUUGUUAUUAUUAUUAAUAUUAUUUUGCUAGUUCACGCUAAACGCCAAUGUAGCAUUUGGCUCCUGGUAGAGGACAGUUUUAUCUGAUUACAAAGUAGUCCGGUAUUAUAAUGCUGAUAUAUAUGUUUUAACUAUGUGUUACGGGUCAAUGGUAGGUUACAUAGAAAUAGGCUAGAGUAAUCUAGAAUUAGGGUAGAGUGCGUGUGUGAGUUGAGUUUACCCUAGAGUAUUGUUAACCCGGUGUGUUUAUGUAUUGUUUACCCAAGGUCGAAUGCGCUAUAAAAGCUGGAGUGAAUGAUUGUCAGAAGUUAGUUGAUAGCGGUUAUGGCGAGGGCCACGGAGGAUCUAUAUAUAUAAUUAUCUUCUGGGAGACGCUAGAAAACAAGCUGUAAGCGCGCUCCCUACCCCCCCCCCCCUCCCCUACAUGGUCUGGUGAGCUGUGGUUCACUCUAAAUGUUUACAAGCAGAGCCGGGUUUAGUGACGACUAUUAGGGGCAGAUAAUUUAGUUUGAAACGAUUUUAAACGUAG